AUGUUAAAUGGAUUCUUAUUAUUUCUAAAAUUAAUAUAAAAUAUCUAUGCAAGCAUAAAAGAUAGUUAUGGACCCUUUUUGUUUAUCGAUAGUUUGAAUAGUAUGCUAGCUAGUAAAUUCUUUAUGAAAAAGGUAAAUGAAUAAUACAAAGUUGAAGAUCUAAGGGAUGGUUAUGCUCCAUUUUGUAAACAUUUGUUUCUAGAAAACUUCACAGAGACACCAAACUAUACAUUAGAAAUAACAAAAGAAAAUGAGCAUCUAAUUAGGACAGCAUAUAAAGCAAGAAAUGAAAAAGAAUUGCCUGUUUUAGCAAGAUUUAUUCCAAUAGAGUCUAUUCAAUUGCAAAAAGCUAAAUAUUUAGACAUAAUCCUAUACUCAAAAGAAUAUUUCACUUAAAGAAAUGAAAUAAGAGGACUCGAGGAUGUUAAUGAAGCAAUUGAUUAUGAUUAUGGCAUCAUUGGUAUUAAACCACAAGAUGGAACAGACUAAACACCAAUGCCACCAAUGACAUGUAUGAGAAACGCCCUAGGACAAAAUUUUGGAGGAUCAGGAUUUGCAAUGGACAAAGAAGAGUAUUUAAAUUGUGUAGACUAUUGGUCGAAACACAUAUAUGCCGAGCAUUUUUGUUCCCCCCUAUUUUGA